AUGAAGGCUAAGUACAUAGUUAUUCCCUUAGAUGAUCCGAAAGCUCAAAUUUUGUAUCAAGAUUGUGGCUUUGGCAAUUACAUGAUAUCGGCUGAACCUCAGGGUGAGAGUAUGUUACUAGAUGUAGGUAGGUCUAAUGAACUUUGGUCUAUGGAAUUUGAUGGGAGUUGUUCAUCUUUUGGUUCAGGGGCUGGGGUCGUUUUGAUACCUCCCUGUGGAAAGGUCAUUCCUUAUUCUUUCAAGUUGGAAUUCCAAAACACGAAUAAUACGGCUGAAUAUGAGGCCUUGCUAUUAGGACUGGCUGAAGCAAAGAGGUUGCAAAUCAAAAUGUUGAAGGUGAGAGGUGAUGCAGAACUUAUUGUUAAGCAGGUGAGGGGCUUAUUUGCGAUCAAAAAUGAGAGAUUGAGACACUAUAAGAAUCGUGUUUUGGAUGAGAUUGAAGCCUUUGAUGCUUUUUCAAUUGAAGCCAUUCCUAGGGAGUUUAAUGCAAAGGUAGAUUCUUUGGUGGUAUCUGUGGCAUUACUGGUUCCACACCCAGAUUUCACAAUCGACACUUACAGGGUUGAACUAGUUUAUAGACCUAGUGUGCUAGAUAAUUAUGAAUCCUGGCAGGUGUUUCAAAAUGAUAAACAGAUUCAGAACUUUGUACAAUGUGCUGAUAUUUUUACAUCCUUUUUUUAUGAGGGAUCAGAGACAAGUUGUAAAGAGUUUUCUCUCGAUACACUAGAAGAAGUACAUGAUGGGAUGUUGUAG